CUGACGUCAAUUAAGACCCAACAGAUAUUUACCAAACUCCAAUCAACAGUCUUGUUAGUCGGCCCAGCUUUAGUGAUGGCCCCGGUGCUCCUGAACAGACCUGCGUUCACGGUGUUAGUGCUGAGCUGCGUGUGUGCGGCCCUGCUGCAGGUCCAGAAGCCGGGUCACGUUGACCCCCUGACGGUCCACCGGGAGAACCCACAGUGCUGGGACUCCUCCUCGGCUCUGCUGCUGGAGAUGCGCUCCCCAAGGAUCGCUGACACGGUGCCAGCCUUCUGGGACCUGAUGGUGUCCCUCAGGUCAUCAGAUAACAGCAAACACACAGCGCUGUUCUGGGAUCUGGCACGGGUCUUCUGGGACCUUUAUCUGGACUGCGUGCUGUCCAGGAGUCACGGCCUGGGACGGAGACACAUCACUGCUGUGCACUCCCUCAUUACUGACAAGUCCUUCAGAUUUAACAGCUCAGGAAUGAACUCCCGAGCGUGGCUCAGUGUCAGAGUGAGACGCAGAGGACACAUACAGACCCUGAAGACCAAACCCAAAUCGAACACACACUACCACAAAUAAAUCAUAUCAUUUCCACAAUGAUAGUUUUUUUUUUUUUAUCACUGCUUUCUUCCUCACUGAAAAAAAUCAAACAUUUCUCUAAGAUGUAUGUGCAGGAAAAGGACAUCUGUGGUUGUAAACAGUGAGUGUUGUUGACCUUUUAUUUGACAUAUUUUACUAGUGCUAAUACACAAUGAGAUGUCCUGAUAGAGAAAAAGGAUGGACAGGGUGGAGCCAUUAUUAUCUAUAUCAAGACUUCCUGGUAUCGUGAUAAUAAUGGUGUCAGAUGAGGCCUUCACUCUGUAAUAAUGAAGUGAUAAAACACUUCCCAAAGAAAUCCUUUUGUCAACGGGUAACAUUGCAUGAAGUAACUAUAUUGUUUGGUUGUCUUACACACAGAUUCAAAAUGAUAUAACAUUUCAUGUAUGUUUAAUGUCUGUUUUUGCCAUCAUAUUAUGUCCCUAUCAAAAGCUGAUGUUUUAUGCGAUGAUGUAUGGAUUCAUGUUUGUUUGUUCGGUAAUUUUAAGUACAAUAAAUUCAUGUAUUCAUGGCUGUAAAGUUGUACAUCCUUGACUAUCCAAACACACAAUCAGUCAGCUGAAUUUCCUUUGAAAUAAACAAACCUGAAAGCAAA